GCGAUUCCAACGAACCGACGUCGAGCGUGUGAGUGACGUCAUCCGCACACAAAAAAAGGGAAGAGGGAAAAAAAAAAAAACAUGUGACGUAGAGGGCAAGAUGGCGGCUCCCCUCUCCACGAUGAAAUUUUGGAAGCCGGGGUCUGAGGCCCCGGGGAUCUCCGAGGAGCGGGAGCUCAACACCGAGACCACCGGCUCCCCCAUCAUCUUCAACCCGCACACCGCGCUCUCCAUAGAGAAGCAGCGACAGAAGCUGCCCGUGUUCAAGCACAGAAACAACAUCUUGUACUUGGUGGAGAGCUUUCAGACUGUCAUCGUAGUUGGUGAGACCGGAUGUGGGAAGACAACACAGAUACCUCAGUACCUGCUGGAAGCUGGCUGGGCAGCGGAGGGGAAGGUGAUCGGAGUGACGCAGCCCCGACGCGUGGCCGCUAUCUCUGUUGCUAACCGUGUUGCAGAGGAGCGGGGGGCCCUGUUGGGACAUGAGGUGGGCUACACCAUCCGAUUUGAUGACUGCUCUGAUCCUCACGCGACAAGGAUCAAGUUCCUUACAGAUGGCAUGCUGGUGCGAGAGAUGAUGGCCGAUCCUCUUUUGAAAAAAUACAGUGUGUUGAUUCUAGAUGAAGCGCACGAAAGAACCUUGUACACAGACAUAGCUAUUGGUCUACUAAAGAAGAUUCAGAAGAAGCGGCGAGACCUGCGGCUGAUUGUGGCCUCUGCCACUCUGGAUGCCAAGAAAUUCCACGACUUCUUCAACCUGAAUGAGUCCGGGGAUCCUAACAAGGACACAUGUGGUAUUCUGACAGUGGAGGGACGCACCUUUCCAGUGGACGUUUUCUACACCGUCAGUCCGGUCCCAGACUAUGUGAAGGCCACGGUGGAAACGGUGCUGAAGAUCCAUGAGACAGAGGAUGAUGGAGACGUCCUGGCUUUUCUUACCGGACAGGAAGAGGUAGAGAAAGUGGUGUCCCUCCUGCAGGACCAGGCGAGGUCUCUGUCACGAUAUGGCAUGAAGAAACACCUGAGAAUUUUGCCCAUGUAUUCUGGUCUACCAUAUGCGGAUCAGAUGAAGGUCUUUGAGAGGCCACCUUCCUCCGUUCGCAAGGUUGUGGUGGCUACUAACAUAGCGGAGACCUCUAUCACUAUAAAUGGAGUCGUGUUCGUCAUCGACUGUGCAUUUGUGAAGCUGCGAGCCUACAAUCCCUCCACUGCCAUCGAAUCGCUGGUGGUCACCCCCAUCUCCAAAGCCUCAGCCAGUCAGAGGGCUGGGAGAGCCGGGCGAAACCGACCUGGGAAAUGCUUUAGACUUUACACAGAGGAGGACUUUGAGAAACUGCCUGCAUCUACUGUGCCAGAGAUGCAGCGCACCAAUUUGGCCCCUGUCAUCCUGCAGCUCAAAGCAUUAGGCAUCGACAAUGUGCUGCGGUUCAGCUUCCUAUCUCCUCCUCCAGCUCAGACCAUGGUUCAAGCUCUGGAACUGCUCUACGCUCUGGGAGGUCUGGACCAUUACGGCCGUUUGACUGAUCCCACGGGUGUGCGCAUGGCAGAGUUUCCUCUCAGCCCCAUGUUUGCGAAGAUGCUCCUCGAGUCAGGGAACUUUGGUUGCUCCAAAGAGAUCGUUACCAUAGCAGCGAUGAUGCAGAUUCAGAAUAUAUUUGUCGUGCCGCCCAAUCAGAAGAAAGCUGCGGCCCGCGAGCACAGGAAAUUUGCUGUCGCUGAGGGAGACCACCUCACCAUGCUGAAUGUGUUUGAAGCCUUCAUUAAGCACCAGAAGAGCUCCCAGUGGUGUCAGGAACAUUUUCUCAAUUACAAGGGUCUGCUGCGGGCCGUCACUGUACGAGAGCAGCUCCGGCGCCUCAUGAACAAGUUUAAGGUGCCACGGACGUCGAGUGAAGGCGACCCCGAUGUGAUCCUAAAGUGCAUUGUAUCUGGGUUUUUCGCUAAUGCAGCGCGCGUUCACCAUUCUGGUUCCUACAGGACUUUACGAGAUGAUCGUGAGCUUCACAUCCACCCCAACUCUGUGCUUUUCGGAGAGAAACCUCCAAAAUGGGUUGUCUUCAAUGAAGUGGUGCAGACGGCAAAGUACUACAUGCGCGAUGUGACUGCUGUUGAGUCGUCCUGGUUGGUUGAGUUGGCCCCUCACUUUUACAAGCAGGCUAAGCAUGGUUCACUGGCCAGCAAGAGAUCCCGGGUGCUGUAAAUCUACUCAUCAUGUCACCACAAUAAGACAUCAACACUCACUGAACGAAAUGGGGGGGGGGGGAAAUCCCUCUCAAGUUGCCACUGUGCCCCUCUCCAUUUCAUUGUAUAUAAAUAUGUAAAUUUAUUUCCCACGUCCACCUGCACAACUCCUCCACACCAUGUGGCCAUGCAAGAAUGGUAUUAAGUAGAUAUAUUUUUUAGUACUGAUAACACACGUGAUCAUAUUCAUUUGAAAGUGUGUAGUCCUGCUCUUCGGCAGAGAUGUAGUUUAUAUUUGAGAGUAUAUGAUGAUGAAUGUGCUGAGAUGAGUCCAGGCUGUGCCUGACGUGUGUUUGUUCCAGCAUGGCCAUGCAGUUCAUUCAUACUUGUACAUAGUCGGAGCAUCCGGAGGUCCAGGGAACAACUCCUGUGCCAGAGGCCUGUCCAUACCUGGUUCUAGGCUUCCUUAUUUUUUUUAAUUGCUCUAUCUCUUUUUCAGGUUGUAUCAUAAAUGAUGAAAGAUGAUGGGGGUGUUUCCCUGUGAGAGACUUCUGCUUUAGUUUUUUAUCUGUUGGGUCAUUUGCUCUCCCCACAGCCUGGGUGCUUUUGUUUUUAAAUGGUUCACUUAAACUCCAAUUUAGUUUUGAUCUCUUAAACUUUUCUGUAUCUCCUUUUCAGACUUAGGGUCAACUUUCAGUCAACUUUCAGAGCUUAUUAGAAAUAAUAAUACUGUGAAAGUUCUGCUUUACUUUUGGACCCUCGUUUCUGUUCUGUAACUACCGUCUAGCUCAGACGUAGUGGCCUUGUCACCACUCUGUGCCACUUUGCUUUUAUCAGCCUAUUAAACAUUUCAUUUCCCGGUGGAAUGUGUAAACACACCCACGCAUUGUAAAUGAAAAGCUGUGAAAUCAAAACUAAAAAAAUGAAGUGCCAUUUCUUGCUGUGACGACAAAGUGCAUUCAGACGUGUAUCCAGAGCCUCAAAGAAACGGUAGCAUUUAUGUCUUGGAUCAUUGUGAUGGCCUCUUAUAGUUUGUCUCACUUCUGAGCAAGGCCUUACUGUGUUACCGACAGCAUCUUCUUCCUGGCGUUCUGUAGAAAUGCUUUGUGAUUUUCAUUCCAUGUACACUGCACGUGGCCUACAUUUCUGUUUUGGUCUUCAGUUGUACUUUAUGGUUUUGUUCGUCUUCAGAGGUAUUUUGCCCCGAAAGUGUCAGAGAGCAGUGUUAAAGGUUUGUCAUUUUACUCUGCUGGGAUGUACUUUCAAACCAGUGAGGUCACUUGUCACCCAAUUUUACUUCUGCCUGCAUGGUCUUUUUGUGGAACUUGUUCUUGAGGUCACAAGUGUAGAUUCAGUGAACCUUUAAUCAAACCACACAAACACAGAACAACACAUAACACACCAUAAAGUAGAUCGGUAAACCACCUCUAAUUAGAUGGAUAAACAAAAUGUACCAAAAAAUACCAUUGCAUGCUAAACGGUACUCUGAUGUAGACCUGUACUCUCGAACAACUCGUAGACUUAACUGCAGAUGAAAACAUUUGCGACGGUAACUUGUUUAUUCUCACUUGUGCUGAUACUUGUGCAGCCAAAGCUGUAAUCUGUAGACCUGUGUGAUUGGUCACCUCUUGAGAAAAAGAAAAAAAAAACGUCACCUGGCAUUUCUUCCUCACACCCUCAAAUAAAGCCUUAUUGUCAUGCA